UCUCUUCAGCAAAUAUCCCAGAUGCUGAGAGGAGAAAAAGGACUGACUAUUCUACUCCGUUAAGGAGGAAGUUACCAGAAGUUUUGAUGGGUAAAAACAAGGUGUGUUUCUAGAGCCAGCCUGGAAAGGAAAUCCUGCCUUGUAGAGCUGUACUUGGUCACCCAGUGCUGCCAUGCCCUCAUGUGUGUCAUCACUAAAGUGUGUUGGGCAUUUCUUGAAAGGUUUUCUUAGUUAUUGUUAUAUAAAGGUACAAGAUACCCUUCCCAGUCACUCGUUAAUCGAUACUUUCAUGAAGACUGCUACAUACAGAAUGAGUAUGAGCAACUGUUGUUGUUAGUUGUAGAUUUAUUUGAUAAAAAUACACAGAUUCAGUCAAAGAGUUGAUGAAUAGCAAAUGGAUGUAAGAAAACAAAACAGUUUUGUUGCUUGCAGCAGAUGUCAAAUCCAGCACUGCUUAUCUCUAUGUUUGAUGCAUCUAAAUCAAUAUUCUAAUAAUGGAAAAAGGGGAAUAAUAUAUUGCAAAAAUGUAACAGCUAAUGAAAGCUCCAAGCUAGCUGAUGGGAAAAUUCAUUGUUCAUUCAGCACAAAAAUCAUUGUGUGAUCCCUGGUGCUGUUUAGCUGGAUUUUUUUCUUUGCUGUAACUUUCUGUUCUUUGCUGACUUAACUCCUAACGAUAGUCUAAUAUGACAGAGUUUGAGUUUGGAAACUUUCUGCUUCUGUUCACCACAUUUCUUAUUGGUGAGUAAUGUGCUGACAGCCAGGACUUGGCUUUCUCGCCAGCUUAGCUCACUGGCUUUUCCAGCCUUUUCUUCCUCUCUUCUAUAAUGUCUUCCUGCCUUUAUUAUGAAGGUUGCUAGUGCAACAUAGUGCUGUUCUAGAGGCUGAAUUUUUUGAGUUAUUAUUAUUGACUCAGUAAAUGUUCUUGUAUUUGUGUUUUUGUCUUCAAGAAUGACAUAAUGGGGAGGAUUUGGCAUUCGGUGUAGUAAAGUUGCAGUCUGCACAUUUUCAAACUUGGCCUUAAAGAACAGCUUUGAAAAAGCUCUCUGUCAGCUCUGGGGCUGACCCUAGGGAAGCCCCUAAAUAACCAAUUAAGCCACGUGAACAGAGAUUAAUGCUGAAACUCUUAGUGCUUGCUGUGCCCAUGAAAGAGAAGUUUCCAGGUUUAUGUCACAACUUAAAAAUGUGGUAGCUGAAAGGCUUCAAGAAACAUCUAACACAUUUUUUUUUUUCUCAUUUAUGCAGGUAGAGGGAAGAGCUUCCUUAUUCCCAUCUCUGUUAGCAAACAAAGGUCUGUGGGGGACAAGACUCAUGGAAGAGAGCAACACCAGCAGAGAGCAAUAUUUGAAAAGUAUAUUACGGGAACUGAUCACGUACAUGGUUUUCCUCGUGGUCCUGUGUGUCUUGACCUAUGGGACGGUGAGUUCCAGUAUGUACUAUUAUACAAGGGUUAUGUCACAGCUCUUCCUGGAAACACCCGUGUCAAAAACGGAGAAAACUGAUUUCAAAACUUUGUCCACAAUGGAUGACUUCUGGAAGUUCACAGAAGGCCCUUUGCUGGAUGGUCUUUACUGGGAGAUGUGGUACAACAACAAAACCAUGGCAGAAAACAAAAGCUUCAUUUAUUACGAGAACCUGCUCCUAGGAGUGCCCCGCAUUCGGCAGCUGAAAGUCAGAAAUGGUUCCUGCUCCAUACCUGAAGAUUUAAAGGAGGAAAUCAAAGACUGCUACGAUGUCUAUUCUGUAGCUAAUGAAGAUACUGCUCCUUUUGGACUCCGGAAUGGAACUGCCUGGACAUACACCAAUGAGAAGGAUUUGAAUGGCAGCAGCCACUGGGGCUUGAUUGCCACAUACAGUGGGGCUGGUUAUUACCAAGACCUCUCGAGGACCAGAGAAGUGACUGCUCUGCAGAUUGCAAGACUGAAGAAGAACCUGUGGCUGGACAGAGGGACCAGAGCAGCCUUCAUUGAUUUCUCUGUGUACAAUGCAAACAUCAACCUGUUCUGCGUGAUCAGGUUGCUAGUAGAGUUUCCAGCUACUGGAGGCCUGGUUACAUCUUGGCACUUUCAGCCUGUGAGGCUGAUUCAUUACAUCUCCACUUUUGAUUUUUUCCUGGCAGCCUGUGAAAUGUCCUUCUGUCUUUUUAUUCUGUAUUAUAUGGUGGAAGAGGUCUUAGAAAUUCGCAUACAUAGACUGCGCUACUUCAGAAGUGUUUGGAAUUGCCUUGAUAUCCUUAUCAUUGUGCUAUCUGUGGUAGCUAUAGGAAUUAGCAUCUAUAGGACAUCAACUGUCGAUAUGCUCCUGAAGAAGCUGCUGGAAGAUCAAAACUCAUUCCCCAAUUUCGAACCCUUAGCAUAUUGGCAAAUGCAGUUUAACAACAUUGCUGCAGUCACUGUGUUUUUUGUCUGGAUUAAGCUUUUCAAAUUUGUUAACUUCAACAGAACGAUGAGUCAGUUAUCCACCACGAUGUCUCGCUGUGUAAAGGAUGUCAUUGGCUUUGCCAUUAUGUUUUUUAUUAUUUUCUUGGCAUAUGCUCAGUUGGCCUAUCUUGUCUUCGGCACUCAAAUUGAUGACUUCAGCACUUUCCAGGAUUGCAUAUUUACUCAGUUCCGCAUCAUUUUGGGAGACUUCAACUUCACAGAGGUUGAAGAAGCUAAUCGAAUUUUGGGACCUGUUUAUUUCACUACAUUUGUGUUCUUUAUGUUCUUCAUUCUUUUGAACAUGUUUUUGGCCAUUAUCAAUGAUACCUACUCUGAAGUCAAAUCAGAUAUGGCACAACAGAAGGCAGAAAUGGAAUUGUCUGACCUUAUCAGGAAGGGCUACAACAAAGCCAUGAUCAAACUUAAGUUGAAGAAAACUACUGUUGAUGACAUUUCAGAAAGCCUGAGACAAGGUGGAGGAAAACUCAAUUUUGAUGAACUCCGGCAGGAUCUCAAAGGGAAGGGGCACACAGAUGCAGAGAUUGAAGCAAUAUUUACCAAAUAUGAUCAGGAUGGGGACCAGGAAUUGACAGAGCAUGAACAUCAGCAGAUGAGAGAUGACCUGGAGAAAGAGAGGGAGGAUCUGGACCUGGAUAGGAGCUCUCUACCACGUCCCCUGAGCAGCCGCAGCUUCCCCCGGAGCUUGGACGACUCUGAGGAGGAUGAGGAUGAAGACAGCGGGCACAGCUCCAGGAGGAGGGGCAGCAGCUCUAGUGGGGUUUCCUAUGAAGAGUUCCAAGUACUCAUGAGGCGGGUGGAUCGCAUGGAGCAUUCCAUUGGCAGUAUCGUCUCCAAGAUCGAUGCUGUUAUGGUGAAGCUGGAAGCCAUGGAGAGGGCCAAGCUAAAAAGGAGAGAUGUGCUGGGAAGGCUGUUAGAUGGAGUGACAGAGGACGAAAGACUGGGCCGGACCAGUGAAAUCCACAGGGAGCAGAUGGAGCGGCUGGUGCGAGAGGAGCUGGAGCGUUGGGAGUCGGACGACACGGCCUCCCAAAUGAGCCAUCGGCUGGGAACGCCCCUGGGACUGAGCGGCCAACCGCGCUCCAGGAGCUCCCGGCCAUCCUCUUCCCAGUCAGAUGGUGUUGAUGCAGGAGCAGGAAAUGGGGGGAACAACAUCCAUGUGUAGCUUGGGCUUUGUAGGUGAUUCCACAUGUUUCAGUAUUCAGCCAGCAAAUUUCCCAGCGUGAGGGGAUUGUUCUGAUCAGACCCCUGAGGACAUCUUUCACUGGUUUCAUCUUUCACUCCAUAAAUCAUUUUCAGGCCUGUAUAAGCCAUGUGUAAUGCCAGCAGUGAGAAUGUCACCCUUGGAAACAAAAAUGUUGGAAACUGAAUCGAUAGCAAGUGAGACAAAAUCUACCAGGACAGAAAUCUGAUUCCAUAAAAUAUUAUUGGGAACACUUGCACAAGGGCAGCAAGCUUCAGACAAAAUAAUGUGCAGUGGCUGGCAUACUAAGAGGCUAUUAAUUUUCUGCUUCCUCUUGGAAAAUACAAUUUUUAAAGGCUUUUAAAAGCAAAUUUUAAAAUAAUAUGGCAUCAGUUUGUCUUAUUCGUUAUAACAGCUGACAGAUAAAACAGCACUUUUUUUUAAAAUAUGAGUUUCUACUUGUCUUUCUGAGUUAUUCUUGGUAUACUAGUAUUUUACUUAAUUUAAAAAAAAUUUUUUCCUGUUUUAAGAGGAACAUUUCUUUAAGCAGAAGAAAGUGCAAUUAGUCUGUACAACUGUAAAUUGCAUCAUUCUGUGGUAGAAACUGAAUGCAUUAUAAGUAGCAUUUAGCAAGAAAUACUUGAUAACUGCCUCCUCACACCCAACUAACAUAAUAAUUUUAAGCUAAGUUGCAAAGUACCCAUUCUUUAGUGCUGUCUUUUAAUGAUUUAAGUGUUUCUGGGAUAAACAUUCCAGAGGUUCUUAGAUAAGUACAGCUACUUUGCAGAAAAUACAUUAUUUAAAAGCACACAAAAUUGAAAACCACUGAGUUUUCCUUGGGUGUGACAGGGAAAGCGGCAGAGAAGUUUCUGACAUUUGGGAAAAUCUGAUCUUGUGCUGUGUGAAGUUCUAAUCACAUCUCAACUAUGUGGUCUGUAUUUACAUUUAACUAAACUGCUUGUGAAAUUAUUAGCUACAUUGUGAAAUGAUUUCUACACAGACUUCUGCUACACAGGAGGUACAACACAGGAUUCCUUUGAGAAGAUGUUUGUAUUAUAAUCACUGAUUUUUAGUAUUUAAUUCCCUCUGCUUUGUGUCAUAGAAGCUUUAUUUUUGAAAGGACAUGCAACGUUGAAAUUCUGUUGGUUUCCUAUAGAGAGCACCGAGGCAGUGUUUGCAGUUUUGCCUAGGAAUGUGUCUCCAUAUGUGGAAUGCUGGCUUAGGAGGGAGGCUAUUUUUUCCUGAAGAUGGCAGUGUUCUGGUGUUUAAAGACUGAAAGCUGGUGAAAAAGAUAAUGGAAAGCUACAUAAUCAACCACAUCUCAGCUAUCAGUAGCGUAUGUAGAGGAAAAAAGGCCAGUUUAACAAAGUAUAAGUGGCAUGUGUUAUGUUGGUGCCUUCUGUUUCAACAAGCAGUUGGUAUCUCUUCAUUCUUGUGGUAGUGCUGCUUAGGCAAAGCUUCCAUGUUCCAUAUAUCCUUGCAAUGGCAUUGCCUGGAUGUGCAGUGGCUCAGAAUGCCUUUUCUCUAACCAGGGAACUUGCUAAAACUAAAUAGAAUUCAAACCUUUCCAUUUUUAAUUUUAUGAGAAACUAUAUGCACAGAAACCUAAUGUAAGCUGGAAGAGGAGGAAAUUCAGUCCUGGAAUUUCAUAGUAGCUGUGUCUUGGGAACAGAAUUAUGUAGGAGCACAAGUUGUAGUUCUUGUGUGGGUUAUUUGGUCCUGUAUUGGGAAGAAAUUCAUACCCUUUCACGAGAGUCCUCAUGAACUUGUGAAAACAGUGCACAGCACAGUGGGUAGGGCAUUUGUGUGGGAAGAGAGCAUCCAGAUUAAGCUCUCACUUGCCUUGAAUGAAGGGUUUUACACCCCAGAAACCUUUCUGAGGAAAGCUUUUCGGUAUUGAACUGCAUUUCUGACUGUAAACAAACAGACCAAAGAGAAACACCAGCUGUACACAUGGCCAUCUGGUGUGCAAGGAAAACAGAAAAUACUGUACCAAAGCAGUUUAAAUAUAUAGACCCUUGUCUUUAUAUUCAUAUCCAAAAUGUGUCUUUCAAAAUGUAAAUUCAGUCACUCAAUUCACCUUUCAUUCGUAGUAUAUGUUUAUUAUGAAAAUGUUUGCAUUAAUAGCGGUAUUUGUUGGGGUGUAUUUCUGUAAUAUGUCGUUACUUGAUAACAAACUUCAUCUUGAAGUGCAGUAAGUUUCCAUGGGGUACCCAUGUGCUUUGGCAGUGGGCCUUGCAGUAAGUGCAGUGCCACUUCAUAAACGUUACAAAACAUUUUAUUGAUGCAUUUUUCAGUUUAGAUUAUAAUAUCAUUUGUCACUUAUUACAAAGGUACAGUUUUUUGCAUAGUAAUGUACAAUGUUUGGUCUCAUUAGGAAGCUCUUAAUUAUGGAAGUCUUCUAGAAUGAUCAAGAAUGAGCACUUUACUUCCUAAUAAACAUCUUAUAUAAUCUACAAAGCAAAUAUUGUGCCUACACUUGGUUUGUUUAUAAUGGAACAUGAAGGAUCGUACAUUUUAUUUGUGUUACUUUUAGCUCAUACCUUAUUCUCAGAUUACCUAAUAAAGAGAGUAGAGGGUGUAAAUGAACACAUUGGACUGGGGUGAUCCUAGGGAUUCAUUGC